AUGAUGAUGAGGAAGAAAAAUGAAGCUCCAAAUUAUGACAUAGAAAACCAGCACAAUCCUUCGGAAACUUCGAUGAGCCAAGAGUUGGCCAACUUGUCUCCCCUGCUCCCAUUGCGUUGUAUCUACAGAGUUCCUGAGCGACUACGGCGAGGGAAACGAAAACGCCUACACGCCUCGAGUAGUCUCUAUAGGCCCACUUCACCAUGGCAAAGAACACUUGAAGGCCAUGGAAGAGCACAAAAAGAGGUAUCUAGCGUAUUUUCUACAUCGAACCCAAAUGCAAUCUAUAGGGAGGGAACAGAAGACGAUUGGGAGAGAAUUUUUGUUCCAGGAAUAGAGGUAAACCGGUUUGUUGAUUUUAUGAGAAUUUUGUGUCAACCAAUGGAACCAAAAACUAGAGGGAAACUCAAAUCUCCCACAAUACCAAACAUGGCAGAGCUACAUCAGGCCGGAGUCAAGUUUAAGGUGGGAACAAGCGAAAGUCUGUUUGACAUAAAAUUCUCUAGUGGGGUUCUCGAAAUUCCGAAGUUAAAGAGUAUUGGAUUCGACAGAGCUGACAUUCAGAAAUCUCCUGGCUUUUGA